UCCACUCCGCUCACAUGCUCUGUUCAGAGGAUGCAGCUUUCAAAGACUUGGCCUCUAUUGUUUGACCUGUCAUGUUUGUUUUUGCUGUUGAAGUGCUUUGAGAUUCUAUGAAAAGCGCUAUGGAAAUGUAAUAGUAGUAAUUUAGGUUUUGAGCCAAUCACAGAACGCUGCAGAGCUGAGGGCGGGCAGUCACUCAGGUCUAUUACGCUGGAGGUUUAAACAGUCCCUUCUUGGGUUCAGAGAAGUAAAGUUGGCUGUUUACUUUUUCUAUUGAUUUAUACCACAGAUUUUUGGGUUGCCUAUUUCAGCAAAUACUCGGGGAGAUGUCACACGAAAGGGCUUUGCAGGAGUUGCCCUGCCUGAAUGAGAAUUUGGAGGGAUCCAUGCUGUCCCUCACUGAGAAGAGCAAACGGAAAAAGAGACAAUACUUUGGAGAAUGUCUGGACACGGAGAACACCCCUCACGAGCUCAUUCAGCAGUGGUCACCACCUCACAAACAGCGAGUGGUCUGCAAGGGCAAAGAGAACGAGGAUAACCAGUUCGUGCUUGCCAGGCGACCAAGGAAAAGGAGGGAGUUUUCAGGCUUGGCCUGGGACAGUCUCCCAGAUGAGUUGCUGUUGGGAAUCCUGUCCUGCCUCCCCCUGCAGGACCUCCUCAGGAUGUCCCGGGUCUGCAAGCGCUGGCAUCGCUUGGCGUUUGACGAGUCUCUGUGGCAUAGUGUGGAUCUGGUAGGGAAAGCCCAGCUAGAUCAAGCUCUUGGGCAGAUGCUUACGGUUGGAGUACUGGGACUGCGCUGCCCCCAUACCUGCAUUGGAGAACCACGUUUCACCCACACACAACACCUGCAUGUCCAUCACAUGGAUCUGUCCAGCUGCACUGUAACAACCCCGGUUCUAGAUGACAUCAUCUCCCGUUGCAGGCUGCUAGAGAAUCUAAGCUUGGAGGGACUGGAGCUCUCUGACAACAUCGUUCAGUCCCUAUCUCAGAAUACUGAGCUGGUACGGCUCAACCUGUGUGGCUGCUCUGGCUUCUCCCCUGACUCGCUUAGUGAGAUUCUCAAAUCCUGCUCACGGCUUGAAGAGCUGAACUUGUCGUGUUGUGACUUCAGCACUGAUCAUGUGAAGGCUGUUGUAAGUAACAUCCCCUCCAAUAUCACCCAGCUCAACCUCAGUGGCUACAGACAGAACCUUACUAUGGAAGAUGUGAAAGACUUGGUGGAGAGAUGUCCUAACCUCGUAAAUCUGGAUUUAAGUGACAGUGUUCUGAUGACGACCUCCAGUUUCCCCAUCCUCCAGCAGCUGCAGUCUCUUAGACACUUAGCAUUGAGCCGCUGCUACCAGAUUCACCCUGCUGCCUUAGCUGACUUUGAGAAGUUCCCAGAGCUGCAGACGUUGGAGGUGUACGGGCUGGUCCAGGACACCUACCUGCCAAUCCUGAGUAAAGGUUUGCCCCGUCUCCAAAUCAACACCCGGCCAUUUUCAGGCGUGGCCCGUCCCACCGAGGCCACCCGGAGGGACCGCACCAUGUGGGGCAUAACCUGUCGCUUGGUGUUCAGGCCCUAGCCAUAACACCUUCCUAACGCUGUCACUAACAUGUCAGAACUCAUUUCUGUCUGAUGUGGUCAUGAUAUAGGAGGAAUAUUAUCUAUUUUUAGUGUGUCCGUGUCAGCCAUUGUGUGUAUGCAUAUUGCACAGAGCCUUUUGCAAUUUGUUGUACACUGACACCAAUUGUUCUGACUGGUGAUGUAAAUGCCUGUUUUGUUGUGCUUUUGUCAGCACUUAUUUUGGUUUUAUAAUGGUGGGCAUUGGUUCUAAGUUAUUAUUGUAAUAAGCUCAGUAAUAGGACAUAGCCUUCGGAUGCACAGUAGUGAACAUUUUAAAUGCUGGUAAAUUAAAUUUCUCCACAGUAAUGCUACUUGAAUACCAUGCAACUGAAUUCAUAAGAUUUUAAAAGCGUACCUGUUUUAGAAAUAUUUUAACCCUGAUAAUGUUGAAGACGGAGCUUGUUGCUUUCAGGGAAAUAACUUUUUCUUGUAUUUUUUGCUUGAGAUAAUCAUACAUUUUGAUUAUAGGAUGCUGAUACUGUAUCCCAUGAUCUGGCCAUUAUAUUGACUUCCAAACAUUCCAAAGACCGAUCUGUUUGAAAAAAGGUCUGUAGUAAAGCGUGCAAAACUCAACGUUAUAGAGUGAUAAUGUUUUACAAACUUGAUAUGGGAACAUUAGUUCGAGUUACUGUCUAUCAACUGUAAGCAGUGUUUGCCAGAAAGAAAAGGAAGAUUUUGGUCCAAGUUGGAUUAUUGCAUAGGUACACCACCAUUGUAGCUGGUGAAAUCUCUACCUCAUGAUGCAAUGGUUAGAAUUCCCUUUUUAAAGUGUUUAUAAAAUACAAAAUUUAAUCUGCAUUUGAAGGCCCCGUUUUAAAUAAUGAUGCCGUUUACUUGAUCUGUUUAUUUUAAAAGGGGAAAAUCAAUGAAGUUACAUUUUAAAUCAACCUCUACAUCCGUUUGACGGAAUAAAAGCUGAGGUGGUUAUAACGUGUAUAUACAAAAGUCUAGAUCCGUUGGCAUUUUUGUGGAAAUACAAAUGUAAUCUUGUCCCUUAAUUAGGUACGAAAUAUGAGAAUGUGCAGUACUACAGGCCUAUAAUGUAGAAGAAAAUGUUAGCUAGUGCCCCCCUGUGGCAGAGGCUAUGUAUCUGAGGCAUGUUUGGUCUGGUUCCUGUUUGUGCUCACAUUUGGUUGAGAUGUUUGAGAAAAACUUGAAUUUGUUUAAAUUAAUGCAUUGACAAAUAAGAUGCACUGUCACAAAUGUCUAAAUGUUUUAUUUAAAGAG